AUUCUUGCUGGUGGCAGUCGUGUAGGCCAUAUUUGUCAGUGAGUUCGCUGGUUCCGUCGAGUGUUGUGCGCUUUACAGAUUGUCCUGACCUGUAAAUACUCUCUAAAUACCUGCAACAAUGGCUGAGCUUCCAGAAACUAACCCUGUAUAUGGACCCUUCUUUGGAGUCAUGGGAGCAGCGUCGGCAAUCAUAUUUAGUUCGUUGGGAGCCGCUUAUGGAACUGCCAAGUCGGGGACCGGUAUUGCCGCCAUGUCGGUAAUGCGACCAGAGCUGAUUAUGAAAUGCAUCAUUCCCGUCGUCAUGGCGGGUAUUAUUGCCAUUUACGGCCUGGUCAUAGCUGUACUUAUCGCCGGUAACAUCGAAAAUCCGACCAACUACAGUUUAUUCAAAGGUUUUGUGCACUUAGGCGCAGGUCUGUCGGUAGGUUUCUCCGGUUUAGCGGCCGGUUUCGCCAUCGGUAUUGUGGGAGAUGCAGGGGUACGGGGCACUGCGCAACAGCCCAGACUCUUCGUAGGAAUGAUCCUUAUCCUCAUUUUUGCCGAAGUACUAGGUCUUUAUGGUCUCAUCGUCGCCAUUUUCCUCUACACCAAAAAUUAAAAUCGUCAUUUGUGGUUAUAUUAAAAGUUUUUUCGAAAUUCCUCAGUCCUCGUCCUGUAUCUCUCCUUGUCGUUGGACCGUUGUCGUGCAACCGCCCUUGGUCAUUUUAGUUAUUAAUGUUUCCAUGUGUAAAAAAAUUAUGUAAAAAUAAACCACAAACCGUAGCGAACAUGGUGGCCGGUACCGAAACCAACGGUAUCCAUUCUAUCUCCGUGUAAAUACGUGUAACCACCAAGUAAAGUUUUGUCAGCUCGCGAAGGUCUACUUCUUAAAUUACUGUAUAGUUGUAGUCGUUAGGUUACUUUAUUUCACUAUAAAAUAUAUUUAAGGUGGCUCUAUUGAGUCACAUGUUGAUUAGAUUUGAAAAGAGUAGCACAAUUUAUUUUUAAUUUCAUAUCAAAGACAUCUUGUUCAUAAGAUAAGUUGAAUACCUAGGUGACUGUAAGGUUCAAUUAUUUUAAUUUUUUCUUUGAUUUCACACAUCAAUCUCAAUUUUUUUGUUUUCAGAUUGUGCUAUGUUUUACACACAAACACGAGUAGAAAUAAAUUUAGACUUUGACAGUGUAGUAUACCAUCUUCUCCUUUUUUCUUUUUCAAGAUUCGUGCCCCGCGCGACCCUAAACUAUAUUGCUUUAGAUGGGGCUCUUUAAUUUCUUAUUGUAUCCAGCCUAUAAAGCAUCCACAAUAUACUAAAAUCAUGUAAAUAACAGCGUAUCGAUGUAUCAGUGGUUUUGUGUCUGUGUUAGCCCGUCUUUUGCGGAAAACAGGGUUGCCGCAUUGUCGAUCAGUUACGUGCAAGUCGCAAUCUUGUUGUCCCUAUCAGUAAACCAUGAUGGUAUAUUCUUGGUUUGUUUUCGAUCAUCCGCAGUCAUUGUAAAAUUCAACGGUUAAAAUAGCUUUGGCAAUGUCUCUUGUCAUACAAUAGUAUAUUAUUUGAGAUCGAUAGAAGUGUGUCAUGUUUCUUGAGUGGUCAUAGACGACAGGGGCAUUUGAACCAUUGUAGAGUAUUAUUAUAACAUAAAACGGUUUCUGUAAUGAAGGGAACAGCAAAAUUAUUGUGUUGAAAAUAAAUAAUUUGUACAUUCCAUUACAAUUUUUGUUUUAUCGAUUUUUGUUUUUCAUUUUGUCUCGCUUUCGUGCGUUUCGAUUAUGUACAUACGAUAUAAUACAUUGUAGUAAGUAUGAGAGAGGCUUUGUUGUUUUUGUUGAAAGGUUUUAGCUGAAAAAAAAUUAUGAGCUUGAUUUCCCGCCAUAUAAGGAUGUUGUAAUUUUUCCAAACACAGUUAAGAAGAGAAACAACAGUUGUGAUGUAACCGAAGUAAUAUUCUAUCGCUAAUAUUACCCGCUAGCCUAGUAUUACUUCGUAUUUUUGUUUUUAAUCAAUACAACAUAUUUUGUUAAUGUUACUCA